GCUCGGGCGGGCUCGGGCGGGCGUGAGCGGUGCACGGGGCGUGCGGAAGGGGAAGGCGGGCAGGUGUUGAUCGUCGUGGCGUCUCCUUGGCGAGCGCUCUCCAGCGUCCCGAGCGAGGGGCUCUCCAGCGUCUCGAGCGAGGGGGCUUCGGCGUGCGUCCAGCGGGCUCCGUCGCGACAGCGUUCUCGGCCUCCGGGGCGUGGUGGGGGAAAAAAAAAAAAGUACUCGUCUCUCUUCCCAGCAUGCCUCUGUGCUAAAUCGGACAUCAAAGCCAUGAUGAUGCAGGAGGCCCUGAAGGAGCUGGCCGGGAGUAGCCUGGCCAAUCAGAACGGAGCGAGCAAUGGCAGUGGUGGCCAAUUGGAGGGCAGGAUGAGCUGUGACCUCACAGCCGUCCCGGAGGUGACCACUGCAGACCUGGUCCAUCUGCAGCAGCAACAGGCGCUGCAGGCGGUGGCUCGGCAGUAUCUCCUGCAGCACCAGGCCGCGUCACUCAAGCCACAGAAGGUCAACGACAAGCAGCCCUCCCUGCAGGUUCCGGUGUCCAUGGCCAUGAUGUCCCCUCAAGUGGUGACACCGCAGCAGAUGCAGCAGCUCCUGCAGCAGCAGGUGCUGUCCCCGCAGCAGCUCCAGGCUCUGCUGCAGCAGCAGCAGCAGGCGGUGCUCCUGCAGCAGCAACAGCUUCAGGAGUUUUAUAAGAAACAACAAGAGCAACUCCACCUUCAGCUCCUGCAACAGCAGCAGCAGCAACAGCAACAACAGCAGCAGCAGCAUCAUCAGCAUCACCAACAGCAUCAGCAGAGCAGCAACAAGCCUUCGAAGGAACAUCUGGGCGCACACCAGCUGGCGUUCCAGCAGCAGCUCUUGCAAGCUCAACAGCAGCACCACCUGAUUAACCUACAGCGCCAAGGACUGGGGCUGUCAUUGCCAGGGCAAGGCUUGUCUACAUUAGCCCAGGGCUUGAGCUCGACGGAGCGCCAGCAGCUGUGGAAGGACGUGAGCUGCUCCGGCGGCACCGGAGCGGCGGCCGGGCCCGGCGGGGUCAGCGCCAGCACCGCCGGGGGCGCCUGCGCUCCUGGCGGCCGGGCCGGGUGCUCGGACGACUCUCUGGCCGUGGUGACGUCCACGAAGAACGGCGGCGGGCUCGACCUGUCGUCGCCGUCGUCGUCCUCCUCGUCGGCCAAGCCGUCGCCACCGCUGGGGCAGCCGCCGCCGCUCGCCAACGGGCAGCGCCACACGCCGCGCCGGGAUAGCUGCUCGCAGGAAGAGGUGGUCAAUGGCACCCACCCGCUAUUCGGUCACGGCGUGUGCAAGUGGCCGGGCUGCGAGGCUCUCUGUGAAGACUACGGCCAGUUCCUCAAACACAUGAACGCGGAGCACGGGCUGGAUGAUCGCAGCACCGCACAGUGCCGGGUGCAGAUGCAGGUGGUGCAACAGCUUGAGCUGCAGCUGUCGAAGGAGCGGGACCGCCUGCAGGCCAUGAUGUCGCACCUCCACAUGAGGCCCUCGGAGCCCAAGCCGACCCCGCAGCCCCUGAACCUCGUGUCGGCCAUUACUUUGUCCAAGAGCGUGGCGAGCUGCGCCAACCCCUGCGAAGCGUCCUCGGGCUGCUCGGGCUCCAUGAGCUCCCACAGCGUGCCCCUGACCCCGACGACGCCCACGCCAGCGCCCACGGCCCUCACCCCCAGCGGGCUCCCGCCGCUGCCGUCGCUGCCGCCGCUGGCCGCGCUUCCCCAGGGCGUCAUGCACGGCGUGGCCACCCACCCCAACCCGGGCCCUCCGCCGCCCCUUCCGCCGCCGCUACCGCCGAUGCUGAGCCGCACGCCGGGGCCGCUGCCUCUGCCGCCGCCUCCGCACCACCACCAACACCACCACCACCACCACUCGAGCGUGCACGCCGGCAUGGGCCCCAUCCGGCGGCGCCACUCCGACAAGUACAGCAUCCCGGUCAGCGCCGACCUCGCUCAGAAUUACGAGUUCUACAUGAACGCCGAAGUGAGGCCGCCGUUCACUUACGCCGCCUUAAUACGGCAGGCCAUUCUGGAGUCUCCCGACAGGCAGCUGACGCUUAACGAGAUCUACAACUGGUUCACGCGGAUGUUCAUGUAUUUCCGCCGCAACGCUGCGACGUGGAAGGGCGCGGUGCGCACGAACCUGUCGGUGCACAAGUGCUUUGUGCGCGUGGAGGACCAGUACGGCUCGUUCUGGACCGUGGACGAGUCCGAGUUUCAGCGGGCGCGCCACUGCCAACCCGGCCGACCACGCAAGCUCGGCCAGCUGGCCUCCGACGUGUCCCUCGCAGGGUUCACGCUCCAAAGUCCAUCGCUGAUGAAGAGCAUGCAGGCUGGCCUUGGCUUUGGCGCCGCAUUGAAUGCCAGUUUACAGGCGGCGCUUGCAGAGAGCAGCCUGUCGUUCCUGGCGCCCGGUCUCGCUAACCCGGCCGCCGUAGCCAUGCUCAACGCCGUGCAGGACGAGCUCAACGGCUCCAUGGAGCACUUCAAUGGCAGCAGCCGUGGAGCCAGCCCCGUCCGGUCGCCCAUGCGCCACCCAAUGCUGGUGAAACAGGAGCCUCUGGACACGGAGAUGGGAGCCCCGAACCAAGAUAUUGAGGAGGAGCUGGAGGAAGACCUGGAAGGAUCCUUCCAGUCGACCAAUCACGAGCAGGGCCUGGAGGAAGAGUCCGGCCCCCUGAUGUCAUCGGCCUAUCAGGGCUUGGAGGAGGGCCCAUUCCACCGCUCCACCAGCCACAGCUCUGACACCGACGAGGAGCGAGGAGGCUUUGAGCGCGACGAUGCCGACGAAAUGGAGGGAUAAACGUUUUCCGUGACCCUCUGUAAAACAACAAAAAAACAUGACAAAAAAUUACAAUGGAUGUUAUAAUGAAACUUUGGUAGCUGGAGAAGACUGUUUUUACAUUUGUCUUUUGAAACAAAGAACAUUUAAAUGUAGAAGCUUCCCAGCUUCACAAUGUGUCACGGAAAUGUUGAUUUUCGGGAUAAGGGGGACGGGGGGGGAGAAAAUAAUAAUUGCUGUUGCGUCUGGGAAAUUUAAACUGGAGACCAAAACGAUUCCUCUACAAGGGAACCUGAAAAAAAGACAAAGUGGGUCUAAACCCAAAAUGGGUAUUUCGGCAUUAUCGCAGCGCGUACAUGGGGCAGUAGAUGGGUAGAAAAACGUCGGAGCGGGAUUUUCUUGGCCGACGCAAUAACCUCCACGCACGGCGUGUCUCGAAAAAAAUAUAAACGACCGUUGUGAGAAGAAUUGCUGCACAUCACCUCCCCGAAAAACUAAGCCGGGCAUCGACUGGAACGCCACAGCUGCGCUCGGGCCUGCCCGUUAUCGAAUGCUUAGCAAAAUACGUUUUCUUUUUUAAAUACUCCCGUUACAAAACACUCACGAGGAAUAAUGGAGAGGUGCCAACUGCACACACAACACACAGUUUACCAAAAAAAAAAACUAACAAAAAAAACUGACGCCCUCGACCUCGUUAACUAUGAAAGCUUCUACGUGGGCUGCAUCAUGCAACGUGUAUCCCUCUUGAGAAAUGACAAUGUGUUUUCCAUGUGUGUUAGGAGUUAGUCACUUGAGAAAUUGUGCUUCAUGGCUGUCUAGUUUUGUUUCUGUCAGCAAACACACACUUGUUGUUGUUGAUCAAUGUCCUACUUUGUUGGCUUUAUUGUUCCGUUGUCCGUACUUUCCUUUCAAAAUGGUAACGUCUCAUAAUGUCCUUGUGUGGGAGAAUGCAACAUUGUCUACAAAGACGUUCGCCAAUUGAAACUUCAUGAAGAACAUAAUACGUUAUAUUUCAUGACCAGUUAUUUGAUGACAGCCUACACUUGAUAUAACUCAGUACCUAACUUUUUAACAAGAGGCAAAUGAUUGCCACCUAGUUUUAAUUAGGAAAGAAAAAACUCGGUUUUUACUUUAUCAUAAAAUCCUCAUUUUGAGCUACGAUUAUUUGUGAUUUACCAAAGAUUAUUUAUAGGGAUGGUUUUUAGUGGCUGAGUGAUCGUGAUGAUCUCGAUUUCCCUUCCGAAACCAAAUAACCUAACAGUCGCUGCUGAAGCUACCAAAUUAAAGCUUCUAGAGAUCCCAAACAGACGGCAUAACCUCAGCGGACCUGCACACAUGACAUCAACGUUACCUUCCCGAUCUUUGCGCGAGGCAAAAAUUCGAACCUGCGUGAAUAGAUUCGUCGCAUAUUUUGACCACUAGAAUAAGGAUACAGCAUUGAUGCUCAUAGUCCCAAAUUUACAACAUUUAUACAUUUCCGAUAACAUAAAAAAAAAUUACACUUGUAUUGGCAUCUCUGUACCGGUACGUAAAGUGUCAGAUUAAUCCCACAAAUUACGAACGAAAAUCAGUUGACGUUACAUGAUGUGUGCAUCGUAUAUACUGAGCGGAUAACGCAGUUGUGUGUACUGGUUCUGUGCAUCGACUGUGCACUGAUGUCAUAGGUCUGUGGGUCCGUUUGCAAAUCUGAACCAAAGGUCUCCCAUGGAACCAUUUAACUACCUGAAAAUAGCUCACAGUUAACCAAACAGCAUUAACACAGUUCACUAUCAUAAAAAAUGUAUUUCACUGAUAUAUAUUUUAAAAAAACGGCCGUGCCAUCACUACAAGCAGGAGGGAGGGAGGUGAGAUUUUGGGGCAGGUCGUUCGUUAUCGCAUCUUGAGUUUAGAGCGCGCCCGCGAAGUUAAAAACAAACUUACAAGACAUAGGGGAGCGGUCUGAGCGUUUCGUAACGAUCGCCACGCCUGCACACAAGCGGUGGGUGGUGGCGGUGGCGGUGUUGUUGGUGGUGAAUGUGCCACCAUUCGAAACGCACAUCUGUACCUCUGGCCAAAGGGGGUGUGGGAGGGGGGCUCUGAGCAUUGAAGAGUCCCCCCCCCCCCCCCCCCCCCCCGCUUUGCUGCGUUGGCCGCCUUGUUCACUGGACUGUCAAGCCUCACGCGCGCCACACGAGAGACCUUGUAUCUCCCGCCACUCCUUGGACGACACAGUGGGGGUUUUGUUGUUGUUGAUGAUGUUGUAAAACAUGCGCCGGGAAAGACAGGCCACAAUCUUUCUGAUGGCACACAAAGACAAAGACCCCACCUCCACCCCGUGUAGCCUUUACAGACUGUUGGGGCAAGUGCUGUUAGCGAGUAGCACCUCCGAAGGUCGGCACGGCACACGUGGGGGGGUUUGGGUGGGUAGCAAUCACGCCUGGCCGCCUUUGUCUCCCCACAGUGGCGAUGUUUACACAUCGCACCGGGUACUCAUUUGAGGCUGAGUCGACCUAGGGGAGGCCCAGGACCUGUUCAGAUACUCGACAAUGGUGUGGGCGAACGUAAGCAGACGCACACACACAAAAACACACGCGCGCUGCUAUGUUAAGAGUACUCCGCCCCAAUGCUGUCCUACUAUCGGUGCUAAAUUAGGCCCAUUCUAAUUUGGACACUGGCUACGAUUAGAAACCUGUGGGGAUUUUUUCUUUUUUUUCCUAAGGAACGUAGUGACGAUAACUAUGCGAAACUUUGCCUCCGUAUUAGGGGAGUAAAGUCCACCAAUCUCACGGUCACAUGACAGGCUCGCUGGCCGUGCUUGGGAAUUUCAUGGCGAUGCAAGACGCGCCUCCGAAGAGCACGAGGUGGCUACGUACGGUGCGAAAGAAGUUGAAGUUUUCCAUUUCGCAAAGGGGACGGGGGGGGGGCAGCUAAUGGUUAUUUAAGUUAUAUAUUUUUUUUCAGUCGAAAAUAAACCACUAAAGGUUGCUUGGAGAUGUUUUUUAUUCGUAGAAACUUUGAGGAUUUCCCCGCAAAGCGGUUGAGACUGAUGUAUUAAUUCUGCGAGUCUCGCGAGAACGCGCAGCUCUGUGAUCAUUCGAACAGGCCGCGGCACCUUCAUUUCCCACAUUCACGUGGCUCAAUGAAACUGCUGCACAGGACUUGUUUUGGUUGAGCGCAUUACAGGAGCAAAGCCGUCUCGUCCUCGCGGUCAUUCACAACCCAUUUAAUCUUGCCAUUGGCACAGAUGUUGCUCUUGACUUUACAGUACCAUACUUGCAGUUUGCAAGGUACUCUUCGGACCUCAGAAUUAACAAGAUCCAGUGCUGGCGAUGAGCGCGCCUGCCAAGUUAAGCCGGGCUUGUUUCUGGCCACAAACAAUAAAAUGGGAGUCACAGAUGUCGGCUCAAAUUGCCCUCCCUUUUCACCUGUUGGAGGCGUAAACAUUAUCUCUGUAUAGUUGCUAUCGGUGUUUGAUGGGAUGCAGGACAUAGAGAUGUGUACAUAACAACCAUGUACGAAAAAAGCCACAGGCCUGCCCCAAGAUCAAAAAACUAAUAAUCCAGUCAGUAUGAUAUGAAGUUUUGUUCUGGUUAGCAGAUAAUAUAAGAUGUUGCAGUUGUACAUAUAUACAUAUAUAAAUAUCUAUAAAUAACAAAAAAUUACAAUCUUUAAAAAAAUAAACCUCAAAAUGAAACCAGAACUGUGUUUUAGGAUAACAUUUAGGUCUGUUGAUGGUUAAUCUGAAGAACAUAUCUCUGCGUGGUUUUUUUGUACUUUAAUGUGCUUUGCCGUUCGCAUCUCUUGCUGUAAAGUUCUUCGCUUGCUUCUCGAGCAUUUACGCUAGAAUCGCCGCUUUGGACCGGGAGGUCUUCGCUUUGAACGUACCGUGCAUGUUUGUUGUUUGCGCACGCAUUUAAGUGGUCUGUGUGUAAGCAGUUGUUGUUCCGCUGCGAUGGUUGAAGCAUUUAGACGUGAAAUCGCCGAGGCCCUCGUUUUUAAGAAAUGACGACGAAAUCGAAUUAAUAAAUUACUAGCUUUAGUAUGAUAAAAGAUCAUCAGGUCAUUGUUAAAAAAAACACAAAAUGAAAAAAAUAUCACACCGCGAGCUCUUCCUCUUUGUACAUUUUAGCUCCGAAAUGGGGGGGGCGGGGUUGAGUUGGGGGGGGGGGGGUUUGAUAACUUUAUAACGACGUUUGGCACGUUGAUAAAAUAUUACACGUUUUGAAUUGGCUCACUGCAGUUCAGAUUCAAUUUCUCACCUUGCCCUCGAGACUUCCGAGCACUGUUUAGACGAGCCGGUGUGUUUUCAGUGUUUUUAUUUCAUUAUUUUGUUUUAUUUCAUCAGUACAUGAAAACUAAUAGGACCAAACUGCAACUUGUACGAACAACUUGCGGCCCGUGAUUUUAAGACGACCUUCUCUGUGGCCCUAUGAACCGCUGGGCUGGCUUGCCACCAGUGCGCAACGAUGACGGCAGCACUAAGCUCUGCGUGACUCAUUCACACUGUCAUUUGCCCCCACCACCCCCCCCCCCCCCAAAGAGCAAUGCGAAGAUUAGCAGAUGCUUUUAACCUCUGGAUUAUGAUUGCAAAAGACACCAGUGUUGAAGAAACGGAGAGUGUUUUUUGUUCGUUCAUGACAAAAAUUGCUGUAAACUCUAAAAAGAUAAUAAUGAAAUAAUUUUGGGUUUGUUGUGCUCUUAGCUAUGUCAAUGCUGUGCAUACGUAGAGGGGAUAAAUAUUGCUUGAUUUGUUCUACUUUGUAAUAUAAAUUUUCUGGAAAGCAAGGCUCUUUCAGGCUGUGUUUGGCUUUCUAUUGUCACUGUUUACAAACCAUGUGGCUUCCAUAUUGAUUUUAAGAGAGGCAAACUGUAAUGUAAAUAUUAAUAUCGUCAAUAAAAUAAAAACAAUAUGCCUAUGGACAUAGCUAAGAAAACUAUAAACAGUCAAUUAAUUGUUUUCCGUAUUAAUCCAGAAAAAAUUAAAGUACUUGUCAAAAGAUGUAUUGAAUUACCUCUGAUCAAAAUGUAGCAUUAUAUUAAAAAAAACGAACAUUAAAAAAAUAUAUAUACCAGAUUAACAAAAGGACAUUUCAGUUCAUGCCAUGUGGAUUCUCCCCUUGCAAUGAGGGCAUCGCACACCGCGUUUGGUGUGAGUUGUACGUGAAAAACUCGGCUUUACAUUCUGUCGCACGAGUACAUAUUUCUUCAAAUUGCGCAUCGUGAAAAAUAAACUAAUGUAUAAGGGUGCAUCCCUCACUGCCACCAACACGGACAUGUUUGUGUAAAUAGAGAAGUGAAGGCCGGCGUAGCCUGUGUCAGCGAUAUCGGUUCACACGCGCGCGCUAAAACAGACCAAUUCUGUAGUUGACCAAUUGUAGCUGUGUGUAAUCUCAGUACUAAUUACUGACAAUGCUGUAAUGAAUGCAAUAAUAAAAAGGAGGUUUAUAAAU